AGCCUGUCAGCAAAAGCUAAUUGAUACAGAGUCCAUUCGCGACUUACGUGACGCCAUUUUUCCUGCUUGAAUCAGCACCUAGCUCGACUUUAACCCGUUGUUGAUCGUCCCGGUGUCAUCCAAGCUUCACCUUACAGACCGUUUUCUGCCAUGCCCGACCGCCCUGGAAUAUUCUCCCCGCCAUCAUCGAUUGCUCCGACAUUGACAUCGAGCAUUCCUUUGAUCGAACACAUUCUUGUGCGAAGACUCUCGUCAUGCCGUUUGCGCAACUCGUGAUAGGUCCUCCGGGCGCGGGGAAGUCAACUUACUGCAAUGGCAUGCACCAGUUCCUGGGAGCCAUCGGCCGCAAAUGCUCCAUCGUGAACCUAGACCCCGCAAAUGAUAAAACGUCGUAUCCGUGCGCGCUGGACGUUCGCGAUCUUGUGACGCUAGAGGAAAUCAUGAGUGAAGAUCAGCUAGGACCAAAUGGCGGUGUUCUGUAUGCUUUGGAAGAGCUGGAGGAGAACUUUGACUUUCUUGAGGAGGGACUGAAGGAGUUCGGAGAUGACUAUGUCUUAUUCGACUGCCCAGGUCAAGUCGAACUGUUUACUCAUCACUCUUCCCUACGCAAUAUAUUCUUCAAAAUCCAGAAAUUGGGGUACAGACUAAUCGUAAUCCAUCUCAUUGAUUCCUACAACCUUACACUACCGUCGAUGUACAUAUCCGCUCUUCUCCUCUCCCUCCGCGCCAUGCUCCAAAUGGAUCUGCCUCACCUGAACGUCCUCACCAAGAUUGACAAUCUAUCCAACUAUGCCCCUUUGCCUUUCAACCUAGACUACUACACAGAGGUGCAAGACCUUAACUAUCUUCUUCCGCACCUGGAAGCCGAGUCUUCACGGCUAUCGCAUGAAAAAUUCGGGCCGCUCAACAACGCCAUCAUCGAUUUAGUGGAAGAGUUCGGGUUAGUGGGCUUCGAAACUUUAGCUGUGGAGGACAAGAAAAGCAUGAUGAACCUACUGCGCGUAAUCGAUCGCGCCAGUGGUUAUGUCUUCGGGCCCGCUGAGGGUGCCAACGACAGCGUCUGGCAGAUUGCCGUUCGAGAAGGCCUCGGGGCAAUGGAUGUUCGGGAUAUACAGGAACGCUGGCUCGAUGCCAAGGAUACCUAUGAUGACCACGAGCUGAAGCAGUUGGAGGAAGAGGCCAAAGCCAAUGAAAAAGCAGCAGCUGGAGAUGCGGGAAAAAAUCCCGACGAAGAUGAUGACGAAUACGACGACCUCGGCAGAGGCCCAAUACCAGAUGGCGGUGUAAAGAUUAUACGAAAGUCAUGACAUGAAUCUAUCCCAGCAUCUAUUCACACACUGUAUAAUAGGGUAUCUCUAAUGAAAUGAUUAGCAAGACAAAACUCCCCCAUGCAAGGUACAGGCACCUAAAUAGAUGCCGUCCAAUAAUACCAUAUCCCAUACUCAUUCAUCAUCCUCACUCUCCAUCAUAACAUCCUCAUCCCCCAUAACAUCCUCAGCACUCCCAGUAAGCGGAG